AUGGAUCCAGGCGAAGGUACUUCGGAUGGUCGUGUAAUGCGUAAAGCAAACAGUUCUGAAGUGGAGAUCAAACAAGAGCCAGACAUCAAGGAAGAACCGUUGGGUGGCAGUGAAUUUGGUUUGGUGACACGUUUGAAUGAAAGAAUUGAAGCAGAUGCAGCAACAUCGAACAUUGAAUUGAUGGGAGAGUCUGAAUCGGAUUUCGAUCUCGAAUUUGAUUUGAAUAAUGUGAAAGAGGUAGUGAAGUGUGAAGAAGAGAUCUCAGAAAAAGGAAAAGAUUCUUCGGUGGAUUUGGGCUCGAAUGGACAUGAACCAAAUGCUCAUGACGAUCCAGAUGUUGAACCAGUGGUCAAAUCAAAUGUCAGCCGCAAGAGACUUAAUUCGGACAGUAAAGCAAAGAAACGCUAUGGAUCGAGAAAGGAAAACAAACGUAAGAUUCCGAUGAAUAAGGCGGCGAAGAAACGAACGGUACACAAGUGUCAUGUUUGCGGUUAUGUUACAUCGCUAAAAGGGAAUCUCACCAGACACAUUCGCAUUCACACAGGCGAGAAGCCUCACAAAUGCAAUGAUUGUUCGAAAAGUUUCGCACAAAAAAUCGACUUGAUUCGCCACAAGAAAAUCCACAGCGGAGAAAAGCAAUUCGAAUGCUCUGUUUGUUUGAAAUCAUUUGUCCAAAAAAACAAUUUAACUCGUCACUUGCGAACUCACAUUGAUGAGCUUCCACAUUCUGGUCUGAAAUGUGGCCAACGAUUUUUCGAAGAUAAGGCCAAACAAUCGCAUGAAAAUCGCUGCAUACAAUGUCGAUUCGAAUGUUAUGCUUGCAAAUUCAAAUGUUUUGCCAAAAGCCACCUGAAACGCCACAUGCAAGCAAAACACACCGGUGAACUUCAAUUUCAAUGUGAAAUAUGCGGAAAGAAAAUCAUCCACAAAGGUCAUCUCAAUCAACAUUUGGCCACCCAUUGCGAUCAAUUCCCAUUUCGGUGCAUCAAGUGUCGCCGAGGAUUCGCAAUGGAAGAGGAUAAAACAGCACAUGAGAAGAUCUGUGGCCGUCGUCAGUAUCAAUGUCACAUUUGCAAUGUUUUCAAGUCGAAAAUAACCAAUCUACGAUAUCACAUGCGAGUGAAUCACACGGGGGAGAAGCCGUUCCAGUGUAAGUGGUGCAAAGCGUGUUUUUCACACAAAGGCAACGCCAACGACCACAUGAAAAGGCGUCAUCUAUCAGCGAAAUAAGGAGACUUCACCAUUUGUCACGGCCAUCUAAUUUCAUUCGAAUCAACAGUAUUCCACAUGGAAAACAACAGACUCCCUUGAUUUCGGAGUUGAUUCUUUAAA